AUGACCUGCACAGUUGUGGAAGAAGUCCAUUUGUCAGGAGAGCGUGGGCAUAGCCUAGCCCAAGCCCUUCUCUGCAAGAGAUUCUCUGUAAUACACGGUGUGACUGUGUUGGGAGGUCAAUUCCAUGAUUAUGGCUUGUUAACAACACCGCAGCUGUACUACAUGGUGUACUGUCGAAAUACCAACGACCAGUAUGAGCAGCCAAAUGUGGAAGGUUACUAUCAGAAACACGCCAAGGCUUUUGUGGAACUUAACAAACAGGCUUCCUACACAGGAGAUGAACGAAGAACAAUUAAGGCUGACUGUGCUAAUGGUAUCCGGGCCCUGAAGCUGAGAGAAAUGGAACACUACUUCUCCCCCAAGGUGUCAGUUCUCCUGUUCAAUGCUGGGACCAAAGGGAAACUCAAUCACUUAUGUGGGGCUGAUUUUGUGAAAAGUCUUCAGAAACCUCCUGAGGGAAUGGAAAUGAAGCCCAAUGAAAGAUGCUGUUCCUUUGAUAGCGAUGCAGACAGAAUUGUUUAUUACUACCGAGAUGCUGAUGGCCACUUUCAUCUCAUAGAUGGAGACAAAAUAGCAAUGCUCACUACCAGUUUCCUCAAAGAGCUUCUAUUGGAGACUGGAGAAGAUUUGAAGGUUGGUGUUAUACAAACUGUGUAUGCAAAUGGAAGCUCAACAAGAUAUCUUGAAGAAGUGAUGAAGGUACCUGUCUAUUGUACUAAAACUGGUGUAAAACACUUGCACCACAAGGCUCAAGAGUUUGACAUUAGAAUUUAUUUUGAAGCAAAUGGCCAUGGCACAGUAUUAUUUAGUAAAGUUGCUGAAAUGAAGAUAGGACAACUAGCACAGGAACUAGAAGGUAAUAAAAGGAAAGCCGCUCAGAUUCUUGAAAACAUUAUUGACCUAUUUAACCAGGCAAUUGGUGAUGCUAUUUCUGACAUGCUGGUGAUUGAAGCAAUUUUAGCUUUAAAGGGCAUGACUGUACAACAGUGGGAUGCUCUCUAUACAGAUAUUCCAAACAGACAACUCAAAGUUAAGGUUGCAGACAGGCAAGUUAUCGGUACCCCCAAUGCUGAAAGACAGGCACUUACACCCCCAGGACUGCAGGAUGCAAUCAAUGGUCUGGUGAAGAAGUACAGACUUUCCCGGGCUUUUGUCCGGCCCUCUGGAACGGAUGUAUUUCGAGUGUAUGCAGAAGCAGAUUCUCAAGAACGUGCAGACAGCCUUGCACAUGAAGUAAGCUUGGCCGUCUUUCAGCUGGCUGGAGGAGCUGAAGAAAGACCCCAACCAAUUUCUGAAGACAGUUUUAUGUUCCUGAGAUACUGGAUAUCCUUAAUGGUGUUUUUUUUUUUCUACAUCUGA